AGAGCUGAACACUUAGACAUCACUGAGAGCAACUUCUUGUUCUUGAAUUGACAUGGCGAAGCAGAACUACCCAGCAGCUUGCGGGAUCCCGAUGCAGGACAAUAGAGUCUACACUGCCCAGCCCCAGCCAGUGAUAGUGUCCAUGCCCAAGCAAAAAUUCAAUGAUGAUAUACUUUUUUCCACAUUCAAUCUUCACUUCUGUAACCCAUGCUGCCUUGGGUUUGUGGCCUUUUACAACUCCGUGAAGGCCAGGGACAGCAGAUUGCUUGGAGACCUCACAUCGGCACGGUUAUACGGCAGUAGAGCUCGAUGCCUAAAUAUUGCAUCCAUCAUUAUUUGUGCCUCUGCUAUUAUUAUCCUCAUCAUCGUUGCUGUCACAUUGAUUAAUCUCACAAGUUAUCGAUAUUAUCAUUAACUCCUCCAAAGAAUUAAUGUCUGAAUGUUUGUAUUGACCUGUAUGUACUUCUUUGUUUUUUAUUAA